GCACUAACAACGACGGACUAAACCAUGAAAUCUUCACCCACGAAUCUACCGUUUGAAGUGGCCCAGAUAAUUGCGUCGUUCGUUGCUGAGGGUUCCACCUUGAUACGUUUGGGGGCCGUCAGUAGAGUGUUCGCCGAAGCCUGCGGAGAAGAAGCAACGUGGGAGCGUCUCUAUCGCAAUGUAUGGUGGAACAUUCCUCGCCAACACACCCUUUCCUACCGCUCCGACUAUGCCAGGCGCUUCGUAUUGGAUCGAUCCGUAUUCCAACAACUACAACGGAUAGCGGCAUGCUUGCGACGGACCUGCCCGAAUCAAAUCCGCGACGUUGACUUGAUACGCUUACUACAACGCGACAAAAGUUGGUUGCAUCUCAUUAACAACGACGAGUAUGCCGAGUGCAUGACAGUGCCUCGCGGUAUGGCACUGCACCAGUACACUGGAGAUCUAUGUGACCAAUACACCACUUGCGUGGCUUCUAUAACCUUGGAGUACUUUACUCUUGCCUACAUUUCGAGGGAAUGGAAUUACUGGCUGCAACAAAGCAACAGAAACUCUCCAACUCAUGACAGCAUUUGUUUGGAAGAAGGUGCCUUCUUGCUGGCAUUUUCCUUGUUUGAUUGGGAAAAAAGCUUGAAUACUCGCCCAGAUCUAGCACGUCUUGACAUGUUUCGUCGUUUGGACGAGUUGGCGUUGCAACUCCAGAGUCGAAUAGGCUUGGAAACAACAGCAUCCGAAGACCCUGUUGGCGCUACCACUAAGCUUAGCGAGCUUUUGCGAGAUCUUGGGUACGGUGGAAACGUGGAAAACUACUAUGAUUUGAACAAUUCCUCCUUAUUGUUUAUAUUGGAAAACCGCAAAGGGAUUCCCAUUACGCUGGCGGUACUGUACAAAUGCGUCCUUCGGCGGGUGGGUGUAUUCGUCGACAUUAUUGGGCUUCCGGGACACGUCGUUUUGGGAAUUUCUACAAACGAGAUUUUUGUCGAUGUUUUCUGUGGGGGUCAAGUUCUAUCUGUGCAGAACUGCCGGGAAAUUGUUGACCAAUACCACGUUGAAUGGACUGACCAAUUCUUAGCACCGGUGACUGCUUCAAAUGUACUCUUACGAAUGACUAAUAAUAUGUUACACUGUAUGCAUCGAAGGUUGGCGGGCCACCUUGGCGAAUUACAGUCUUUCGAGAUAUCAGAAGUUCAAUCGAGGAUUCAGUUCCUGAGAAAGUGUCUCCUGAGGUUCCAAGGCGAUGGCAUAGAGGAGUACGACGAUACGGACGAGCUUGGCGUAAGGAAGUUUCAGUUUGAAAAUAGAUACACGCUUCACAGUUUUGCUUCACAGUUUGAUUAA